GGAGACGCAAUUGUUUGUGAUGUCAGACGUGGAGCAUCACUAGAAAUUAAGUUUUCAAUACUGUUUAGCAGUAUGUCAAGCGUCUACUAUAUAACUCUACUUUUACCAACACUUAUAUGGAAUCUACAUCUCUGUACGGCAGUGGACAAAACACCCCUCCGGUAUCGACCGUUCCGUUGCCGAAAUGGGUGGUCUGUAUCGCAAACCGUUCGCUGUGAUGGCUUCCGCAACUGUGUUGAUGGGUCUGAUGAAGAGAACUGCACACUUCCGAUGUGGCUUGAGCAACCUUCGCCAAAUGUUACGGUUGCUGUUGGUGCUUUGAUGAACCUAACAUGCAUUGCCGGGGGUAGCCCACCACCGAUUAUCGAAUGGAAAAUGAAUGAUAAGCAGCCAGAAGCGAACUGUGACUGGACAACCGAAGAGGGUGUCGGGCUGCUCAGUUGUCGAAUUCGGUUGAUCGACAGUGGAAACUACAGUUGUGUUGCUAGACAACCGAAGGCAUCGUUGGAGUCUACGGUAGUAACGCAUGUGACCGUGACUGGAAACGUUUGCAAGGAUGGCUUUUUCAAUGAGGCUGAUAAAAGAAAGGCUUGCAUAAAGUGUUUCUGUUCUGGAGUUUCCAGUUUAUGUCAUGCCUCUGAGCUGUACCGUUGGAACUACACAAUGGCGAUGAACGAUUGGCGAAUGAAAUAUGCUACAUUACAAAACUCAGGACAAUUUAAUCAAGAACUAGGAAUGAAAGUCUAUGAUAAGUUCACGGAUGUUCCAAGAAAUACAACUCCAUACUAUCGACUUCCUUUCAAAUUCAUUGAAUAUCAAGUUGAUUCGUACGGUGGAUUGCUUCGGUAUGAAGUUCAGAUUGACAGUACUUCCUACCAACGAGAAGACCCAGAUGUCAUCCUAAAAGGUUACAACACUACCCUGUUGUUUAAGUACAAACCACAACUGCUAACUGGACAACUGAACAAAAUAGCUGUUCUGCUGCACGAAGCCAACUUCCGCCGACUCGAUGGAAAAAAGACCAGCCGUGACGAUCUGAUGACCGUGUUGUCCUACAUAGACACAUUCCUAAUCAGAAUGUACCCGUUGGGUGGUGUAUAUAGUCCCGCUAGUACGCCGCUGGUCAUGGAUGCAUCUACCAAGCUUGCUUACCAUGGAUUGGGUAAGAUGAGCCGCGUGGAGGAAUGCCGCUGUCCCCACGGGUACCGAGGAACGUCCUGUGAACGGUGUGAUUUUGGAUACAAUCGUGCCUCCCGGUAUCUGAGAUCUGGAAUAUGUAUGCCGUGGGAAUGGCAUCGGGCAGAGUACUUGAAAGUUUCAUCGUCGACAACGAUGAGAAACUAUCACUACGUUUAGAAACAACAUUUCGAAAAAAAUAGUUUUAUUUGCCUAAGUUUUGUUUACCAAUUUCUUGUGAAAAAAUAUAUUUUGUAGAGGAACCUACGGAGACUUGACUAUGCGCGAGGUUCUAUAAUCAGUAAAGCCAUGUAGUAUUAGGUCCGUAAAUUAUUCAUGAAAACUUUUUUAUAGGUGAUUUAAUCCCCUAAUGUAAUUUUAAAAGUUUGGAAUGAAAAGUCCAUCUACCGA